AGCGUGGGAGUAACUAGGAAGUCAAACAGUAACUAAGGAAAACGGCGUCUUCAAUAAAGGUCCAUGGCCUUGCCCACCUUAUCGGCCCAUGUGCCCAGCCGCUCCCGGGUGCUGGCCGCUCAGCUGGCCCGGCAGCGGGAGCAGGAGGCCCGGUGGCGGCAGCAGUGGGACACGCAUGCCCGGUACUUCAGGGAGCAGAGCGUCCGCAGCCAGAAACAAGCGACGUGGAGCUCCAGGCAGUCCUACCAGCAGAGCAUGUCAGCAUACCACAAACAGAAACUGGCAGAGGAAAAGAAGGCCAGACUGGAGCAGCGCAGGAACCGGCUCAGGACCAUGCUUCAAGAAGAGCAAGACCAGUACGAGGCGGAGCUCCGAGGACUCACUCCUGACAGGAGCACAGUGGCGAGUCAGCUGCUGCAGAAGACCGAGGAGCUCCGUUCAGCAAGAGAGGAAAGGAAAAAAAAGCUUGCCCAAGAGCUGCUGAGGGAACACCGGAAGAAAAACACCCCAGAGCUGCGAGAGCUCGAGUCAGAAUUACAUAAAGAUCAUGUUGUCAGCCACUGGCAAGGGCAGAUAUCUGAGAAAAAGCAGAAGGAGGUGGAAGAGCAGGAGGAGACGAAGCGCUUUGAAAACGAGUACGAGAGAACCCGGAAAGAGGCUCUGGAGAGGAUGAGGCAAGCCGAGGAGAAAAGGAAGGCAGAGGCGCGGAGCAGAGCGGAGGAGCUUCGCAGACAGAUGGAAGAGCUGAAGCUGAGAGAAGAAGAGGCCACUCGACUGAAAAAGGAGCAAGAGGCUCUGCUGGUGAAGCAGUGGGAGCUGGACAAGCUGGAGGAGGAGCGGAGGAAGGUGGAGGAGAGGAAAAUGAAGACUGAGAUGGGACAUUUCUUGAUCCGUCAAUAUCGAGCUCAGCUGAAGAGGAGAGCCCAGCAAGUCCAGGAGGAACUGGAGGCCGACCGUAAGAUAUUGGCGGCCUUGCUGGAAGGAGAGGACGAGGACAGGAGGCUGGAGACGGUUCGCAGGGAAAGAGCUGUUGCAGACGCAGCGUGGAUGAAACAAGUGAUCGAGGAGCAGCUUCAGCUGGAGCGAGAGAGGGAGGCCGAGUUUGACGUCUUGCACAGGGAAGAAGCUCAGCGUGUGUGGGAGAAACGAGAAGCUCAGUGGGAGAAGGAGAGAAGAGCCAGGGAAAGGCUCAUGCACGAGGUUCUGGUGGGGAGACAGCAGCAGCUUGAACUGAAGAUGCAGAGGAACCGUGAAGCUCAGGAGGAGUCCCUGAAGAGGCGGGAAGAGCUGAUCCAGGAGCUGGAGCAGGAGAGGACGCUCCGCCGGCAGGAGAAGGAGCAGGAGGAGGGCAGACGGACGGCGCGGCUGCAGGAGAUUCACACCCAGGUGGAGCAGCAACAGCAAGAGCAGCAGGAGGAGCAGCGCAGGAGAGAGCAGGAGGAAGAGGAGCAGAGGAAGGCCCUUCAAAGGCAGGAAGAGGAGCUGCAGCUGGAGUUGCAGAGGAUGGCCGACAAAGGCUACCAGGACAAGAUUCACAGCAGACCUCGGUCAGCAUGGACAUGAGAGACCCUCAAGACUGAACUCACUUUUGGAUUUUUUUAGUAAGUUAAUCAGCUUUAAAUGGUAGGCUCUGUUAUUUGUUAUUAAAUAGUCUUCCAGUCAAUACUGACCAUGACGAUCUUUUCCUGACACGAGUCCACUGUGACACAGAAAUGAAUAUUCAGCUGGUUUAAAAAUGUGACGUUAAAGUUCAAAUGGAUUUUUGAUUUGGUUGAAGAAAUAAUUUCCCCGAUCUUCUCUUGAGCAGCGAGUUGUUUGACAGUGAUGAAAUAUUGUACUCAACUCCUGAAACCGCAUGAUAUAAAGUUUCAGUGGAAAAUGCUUAUGUGCUCCUUAACAAUGGACGCCUGCAAUAAAGAAACGGUCAGUAAAGACAGGAUUUGAACCUCCAACCACUGAAUUAAUACACAGACUGUCGGAUCCUUUCGUGCCUUCUCUCAGAUGAAACAUGCAUGUAAGUUCUGUUGGCCAUGCAUUGUGCUAAUUUUAUGUUUGUUUUGUAUAGAUGAAAUCGGUUUGUAUUUUAGUUACGGAGUACAAAUUUUCUAUUUUGAAUUUGUAACAUUUAUAAAUAAAGCUGUUCCAGUGAAAUCAGAUGAGUGUUUUCUUUCUCGGUGCCGAAAACUGAAACAUGA